CGCGAGUGAAGAGAGAGAACGUUUCGCGUCAUUUCACCGGCAGUGACUCCUCGGUUGUUCCGUUUUGUACGAAUUACCGGCGUUGUGCUUAAAAUUAUUGUGAUAUCUUUAUCAUUCAUCUCUCAAGGUGCAAAGGUUUCAGUCUUAAGACAAUCAGCAAACCUCGAAAAUGUUGCCAUUAUCUCUACUAAGAACAGCUCAAAAUCACCCUAUGCUAGUUGAAUUGAAGAAUGGAGAAACUUAUAACGGCCACUUAGUCAGCUGUGACAACUGGAUGAAUAUUAAUUUACGUGAAGUAAUCUGCACAUCAAGGGAUGGUGACAAAUUUUGGAGGAUGCCUGAAUGUUAUAUUCGUGGUAGCACAAUUAAAUACCUGAGAAUACCUGAUGAAGUUAUUGAUAUGGUUAAAGAAGAAGUGAUGCAAAAGUCACGAGGUCGGGGAGAGAUGAAGGGAGGCCGUGGUGGUCCAGGCCAGAGAGGCAGAGGUGGUGCCAGAGGAGCUUUUGGUGGUGGACGCGGUGGACGACAAGGCCCCCUGGGGAGAGGUGGUGGAUUGGGUGGCGGAGCUGGAAGACCAAACAAGCCGAAAAAGUUAUAGGACCAUGUUUUAAAAGCCUCUCCCCCAUCUCUACUUUUCUCCUCAACAAUCAGUUGAUUUUUGUCUAUUAUUUAAUUCCUUUAUUUUUUUUAUUUUUCAACUAAAUAUGUCCAAAAGUACCAGUUUAAUUUGUAUAUAAUAGUGUAAUGGAAAUGAUCAAUUGGAUUAAGUGUCCACAGUUCCAGUCUAUCUAUUAUCUAGAUUCAAUGCAUGUAUAAAAAUCAUUCUCAUUUG